CGACCUCUUCCGAAUACUUCCUCUUCAAUACGAAUCAUCACCAGUACCACUCUCCUCAAGACACCAGCAGAGCUCAACAACAAUCGUCAAACCCUCUCAAUCUACGAAUCCCUCUUACAAAAUCUUGAAUCAACACACCGUUCAUCAUGGCUUCUACUUCAAAGAGCAAGUCCUCUGGCGGAACCACCCUGAACGAGAUCAGCAAGAUCGAGACGCAAAUUGCAGUUGAAGCCCAAGAAGUUCAACUUAAGGCCAAUGAAGUCUCAGAGUCCGUCAGCACUGCCGGUCCAGCAACACUUGUUACCCUACCUCCCGAGAUUCUACUCCUGAUCUUCGAUUACCUCAAUCCCGCAGCCUCCACCUGUCUUGGUCUUACAUGCAAGAAGCUCUACCCAGUACAUCGAGCUAUCCAUGGAAUUGUUCGGCUAUCUGCCCCAUCAGAACCGAACGGCUUUUAUUUAUGGUACCUUCUCAAGGAUUUCUUUCCUGGACUGAUCUUCUGCGAAGACUGGGAAAUGUUUACCACUGACCAGACUCUUGAGGAUCUCUGGAUGCGUCCACAUACGAUACCACUUUCUCGAUGGCCUCACUGGAUGCUUCAAUAUCGAGGGAGGACACUUUCGGUGGCAGGUUUCUGAUAUCGACGAAGAUGCUGCGCUU